AUGUGGAAGAUGUGGAAGAGCGUCUGGCGAGGUCGACUGCCUGUGGUGGCUCUGCGGACUGCGCACACGGCCAGCGACGACGAACUCAGAGCGGCGAGAAGAUGGCUUGCCCAGUUCUCUCCAGAGACAAUUCCCAGGAAUAUAUGUGCCGUCUCCUUUAGCCGGUCAAGCGGGCCAGGAGGUCAGAAUGUGAACAAAGUCAACUCCAAGGCUACGAUAAAGGUGCCGAUGAGCUCCCUGUUGCCUCUCAUACCAAAGAUACUACAUCCAUCCAUUCGGUUGUCGAGGUAUUACGCAGAAAACUCCCAGGCUUUGGUCAUACAGUCGAAUGACAGUCGAAAGCAGUCUCAGAACCUCAAUGCCUGUUUCGACAAGCUUACCGGCAUGAUAGCAGAGGUUGGAAGGGCCGUUAUACCAGGAGAAACCUCACCAGAGCAGAAGAGAAAGGUUGAGAAAUUGCAGAAAUCCGCAAACGAAGCUAGGAUACGGAUGAAAAAGGCUCACAGCAACAAGAAGAGUAGCAGGAGAGGAAGAUCAGACGAGUAA